GGAGGGAAGGAGAGGAAAGGGGAAGUUUGGGAGGGAGGCCUCUGAGAAGGCUGUGGGAAAGGAGAGUCAGCAUAGAGAGACCACCAGCUUGGUCUGUCUGCAUGAGCAUCUCCACCAGCAUCUGCGGAGCUAUGAGCCAAACCAGGGAUAUACAGGGAGGAAAAGCCUUUGGGCUGCUGAAGGCCCAGCAGGAAGAGAGACUGGAUGAAAUCAACACGCAAUUCCUGGAUGAUCCCAAAUAUAGCAAUGAUGAGGAUCUGCCCUCCAAACUGGAAACCUUCAAAAAGAAAUACAUGGAAUUUGACCUGGAUGGAAACGGAGAUAUUGAUAUCAUGUCCCUGAAGCGAAUGCUAGAGAAACUUGGGGUUCCCAAGACCCACCUGGAGCUAAAGAAAUUAAUCAGGGAGGUGUCCAGUGGCUCUGGGGAGACUUUCAGCUACUCUGAUUUUCUCAGGAUGAUGUUGAGCAAGAGAUCUGCCAUCCUAAAAAUGAUCCUGAUGUACGAGGAGAAAGCAAGAGAACAGGAGAAGCCAACAGGUCCCCCAGCCAAGAAAGCUAUCUCUGAGUUGCCCUGAUUUGUGGUAGAGAUGAGAUGGAUUGAAAGUGUUUAUAAUGAUUCCAACAUGGAAAAAAGAACCCCAAAUUGUGGGCCAUAAACUAAAUUAAAUAAAUUAUCCUCCUCCUCCAGA